AUGGCGGAAUCAUUUGCUGUCCGACUUGGGUCUAUAGUCAGCUCUACUUAUGUUGGUUUCGCAUUGUCUUUAUGCAAAGAUGUCGGCAUCCUAGAAGUUCUUCUGGAGUCCAAGAUACCACUGACUUCUCAAGCGAUCGCUGACAAAAAGGAUUUAAAGGAAAG